GGGUUCCGGUGCUAACCCCUGGGGCCCGAGAAGGAGGACAUGUUCUCGAAACCGACGCACUACGACGGUAUGCUCGAGAUCGUCGGCGUCACUGGGGUCGUCCACAUGGGCCAGAUCCAGAGCGGGCUGCGCAGCGCCAUCCGCAUCGCGCAGGGGGGACACUUGCGGAUACGGCUAAACACAGAAAUGCCCGUUCAAGUAGACGGUGAGCCUUGGAUUCAGGGGCCCGGCGAAGUCGUCGUGCUCCGAUCGGCCUUGAAGGCCACGAUGCUCAAGAAGAGCAAGAGCAAGAUCAGGCGCCGCAACACUGAGCCGACCAUGGUUCUGGCAAGCCUGGAAGGCCCGCAGCAGCCGCCUCCGACGACCAGUACGAGCCACACCAUGGGACCCUUCUGAAGAGGGUCUUCGUGGGACUCUUUCAGCCAGGACAGCUAAACUUUGCAGUGCGCGCGCGCCUUCGGCGACUUUCUUUGUGCGUGCUGACGUUGCGGCAGUGACGGACCGCAUGGGGUAACGCCCCUACGUGCUUGAGAGCCCCCCUUCGGGAAGCCGGCUUUCCCUGCUUUUAUCUCUACCUAGCUUUCGCGAUACGGUGGGACAGUGCGACACACUGUUCUGCUACGCAGAUCAACUGCCGCUUGCGCGAGCCUCCCGCUUGGUCAACGCGGCAAAAUUUCGUCGUUGACGGCUGCCUGUAGCAACGCGCAGUGUGGAACUGAACAACUGGGUAUACCAGGGCGCUACACGUGGAAGCGAUUUGUUGUUAGUAACGUAGAUGAUCAUCUGGUCAGGGUUAGUGACCUGUCUCGAGAGGAGUCCUCGCUCUCAACUAAACGCUCGAGCGCGUCUCAUUGUAAUCGCCUACGGCACGUAGAGGUGGUUUCGUCGUCACUUUCGCUCAGCUUGUCACACUAUGCAAGUGCUUUAAGAUCUCGUGCUCACUCGCAGUUAUCAAAUGACAAAACACACGAGGACGCUGUAAAUGAGUCGAAAUAAGUCGAGAGCUAUUUUGCGCUUUGGUGACCGUACGCUUGAAAAAGUGAGGCGCAAAGCUAUACAUAUAGGCUAAUGCUGGAGGUUAGUCCACCAAUUAAGAUUUAAAAAAAAAGGAAGCUUUUCUCAGAAUCCAGCUGUUCAUGCGCAACCGGACGUCGGCCGUCUGGACUAUAGGCUUCAAGUGCCAGCGAUUCUGCUGAAGCUCUGAAGCUUCCUGUAUUUUCUGGCCCGUAGCCCAUCUCAGCUAUUGCGUCGCGUGCUCCGCACUAGUGUUUGGCGAAUGCCAAUAGCAUUCUCUCAUUUGGUUCUUCGUGUCUCACAAGCGGAUGGCCUGCGUCUUCGCGACUGUGCUCGUAUCAUCUAAUGUUUUCCUUCGUGUCUUGUCGUGUAUUACAGUGUGCAUCCGUGGAACCCACCGCAGAGGUCUUCGUGACCUGCAUCCCUCGCCUUCUGUUCUUUUAUUUUCUCUCUCUCUCUCUUCAGCGUGAUGCGUACUGUGCCGUUCCUCUAUACGUCUUGCCUGGCUGAAGUACUGGGUUGUAUUGUGGAUUACGGAGCCUUGCUCGGGCGCAUAUAUAUACGGAUGCCAUUGAGGGCAAGACGUGUCUUGUGGCGCUCCCUGUCCCUUUUUCAGCGUACUACGAUGCUGCUCCCUUCUGCACCGUUGUUCUUAUAAACUCAAACCAUAUCCGAGUCAUUCCAGCCUUUGGAUGCGUACAAACGGAGAGAAAGAAAAAAAAAGAAGAAGAAAUACCUACGCCGUUCUACUUUUGCUUCGAUGUGGUUCGUUGGUCCUUCAGUGGCAUUCCGUGGGCCCGACAGUUCGAGCGGGCUCACAAAAGUUACAGCACUUGCUUUUUGUAGGCUAUAUACAUAUAUCCAUAUCUACGAUAUGUAAAUACGGUAGCCGUUAUUACGAGGUUUUAUCCUUAAGUUCACAAUAACUAAGUGACCGUAGCUCUAAAUAAAACACGGGCAGGAGUGUCAUUCCUUGAGGUGUAGUUGCGAAGUUUUCUAUAGAGCACGUGUUCGUAACACCCUUUUCCGCAGGCUAUUCUCAAUCUAGGCAACUAUAGGGAAACACCCACUUUUAGAAGAGCUGUGUAUAUAAUCUAUGUAUAACUCGAGAGCUGGCGUUAAUUGUAAUGGAAAACGCAUAACAGGCACGUUUCUCAUUUGGAGCUAGCACCGCAUCUGUAAGGCAGUAGGUGGGCAGUUGACGCUCGAAUUCCAAUGCAUCGUCAGGCGUUUGGACGUGUAGCCUUGUGCUUUCAGCAGUGGAACAGUACGCGACGCACCGUUGACGUAGAAAACACUCCCCCAGUUGUACGUUAUAACAGUGUACGGCUUUGAGAGGAACAUGUCGCACAAACGUUUUUGAUAUGCAAUACAGAAAUGCAUUUGUUGGCAGAGAGUUACCGAAAGGAAGGAAAACAAAAGAUGUCGAGGGCAGCCCUGUAUGCACCCUAUUACAGAGUCACCGGGAUAUUUUGGUUAGACGGCGAGUAGUAGGCUGUUUUCUAGGACGGCGCACAGCGUUGUUUUUUGCCGCGCUGAAAUCUGAUGCUGAGUCGAUGCUGAAAUCUUUCUUUACCCCUCAUUCAGCUGAAAGUAUAUCUCGUGGAGAUAUCGUUUCUCAAGAACUAAUUAACUGCUAGAUGUCUGUGUGUAGCUUGUCGAUGUAGGCACUCAAGGUUGAACUCAUGUGCAGCCAGCCGCGAAAAUAGUGCGGUACCACAUUUUGCGUUUUUGAGAACGCGAUAUGUAGUGCGUUGCAACACACACUGAACACUACAGGUCUAAAUCAAUAUUGUAUACGCGUAAAGACAAAAGAACACGAUGGAUGGUUGUGCGCUGUUUAGGCAGAUGUGCGCCAGGGAUCGAAAAGAUCUGCCGUAGACACAAAAAUAUUAUGACGAUUUUCUCGUACCCUGAACGCGGCUAGCGUAUUGUACUUAUGCCUAGAGUUUCUCCGGUGCAGUGCAGGUGGUCGCUUAUGUAAACUAGAGUAAAGAAAGAAAAUGAAACACUUCCUUGAAUUACGAACAUGCCCUCGCACGUGACACUAAAAAAGCUCGCUUGACUUUUAGCAGCCAUGCAACACACUUUCAACGCACACCUUGUCAUAUACUUACCCGUCAUAAUCGAGCCAGGGCUGCUUUUCACAGAUAGAGCAUAGCAUCCACCAGUCGGCGGCGCUCGGGAACUUUGCAUUGCCUCGGCGUGUUUUCCAGCCGUCAGGCGCCCUACGUAUUGCCCAAAGAUCUUUGAUCCCAACUGAGUCCAGUUCCCGCUCAAACAGACCGGGCCGAGUGCCUCUGUUGUACCCAGUGUAUUUAGCCAGAGCACGCUCCCCUCUUGCUUGAGCACUGUUAUAGAACAAGGUGCCUCGCCAGAAGCAAAGCUCGCUUGAGUUUCAGGUCUAACAUGAUAUGUAGAGAACACACGUGCAUAUUUAGGCAUAGACACACAGAUACGACGAAGCGUACACUACUUUGUAGGAGUGCUAAUUAAAAAAAAAGUUUAAGAAGACGAAGUUAAACACUUUCUUGACGUGAUACACAGAUAGGGCUCGCAACACGUCGGCUACUAACAUAGCGUAAAAGGAGAAAAAGAAAAAAAAAACUGUCCACGAGCUGUACACAUGUUGAUAGGCAUGACGACAAUAAACGAUUUAUGU